AUCAAGCGAAAGUUGAGGCAAGACAACCGCUCUCGUGCUGGCGAGUGGCGACCGCCGACCAGUGUUCUGAACGAUUCCGGGCCGCUGACCGCAGCAGCAGCACCAGCAGCCGCAGACCGCAGGCAGCGCCGAGCAGCCAACCAAGCAGCCCGGGAGCCCAAAGGGUUCUUGCUCCCCAUUUCUGCGAUUGGAGCCACGGUGGCUACCUGCUUGCAAUUUCUCUUUUCACCCGCGGAGUUGGACUGGCGUCAGAGCGCUGGAGCCAGGGGAAGUUGGAGUUGGAGGUUGCUCUCUUGGUUCUUGAAUUGGGUGCGGCGGCAGCAGCUAGUAAUUUCCUUGGUUCUUGUUUUGCUGUUGGAGCGGAGGGGAUUGGGGGAGGGCAGGUGCCGGGGCACGGGAUGAUGGAGCCCCAGGUGGUGGACCUUGAGGAUGACAGCAUCAACUUCUGGGCCUCCCUCGGCGUGAGCCCCCACGCCGACCAGAUGCCGCUUCACAAUGUCCAGAUCGUUGACCACCAGGCUCAGCCACCUCCGGCGGCUGCGCAGCCGCAGUCCAUCUGCAAGGACCUGUUCCCGAUCGAAUCCGACCCCUGCCUGGAGCCCCGGCUGGGGAUGGAGUUCGAGUCCAGCGAGGCUGCCAAGACCUUCUAUAUUGCUUAUGCCGGCCGUGUUGGGUUCUCCGUCCGCAUUGCCCGGUCGCGCAAGUCCAAGUGCAGUGAGUCUAUUAUCAUGUUAAGGUUUGUGUGCUCGAGGGAAGGGUUCAGCAAGGAGAAGCGCGUUGUGGCGGGGAAGAAGACAAGGAAGCGGGCCGCCUCCAUCAGGGAGGGCUGCAAUGCAAUGCUCGAGGUGCUCCGCAGAGGCGACAACAAGUGGGUUGUUACUAAGCUUGUCAAGGAGCACAACCAUGAGGUCGGGCUGCCCAGCAGAGUGCAUUAUAUCGCCAUCGAGACUGAUGCCGUGGUUAACCCUUACAUUGGUAUGGAGUUUGAAUCCGUUAAGUCCGCCAAGACAUUUUACUACUCGUAUGCCAGCCGUGUGGGAUUUGAAGCUCGUGUACGUCAGUCCCGAAAGUCGCAAGAUGAGUCACUCAAGAUGCUGAAGCUUGUAUGCUCGAGGCACCGACACCAUUCAGGACGGGAGAACAAUGGAGAGGACACCGAGAGAGUGCAUGUGUUGGAUCCCUCCAGGGAUGGUUGUGAUGCAUUGUUUGAGAUAAUACGAAAGGAUAAAGAUGUCUGGAUGGUCUCCAAACUCAUCCUAGAGCAUACUCAUGAGCUGAACCCAGCACCAGCAAGCAGAGUUCGCUGUGUUCGGUCGCAAGGUGAAGUACUUGUCAUUGCAAAGAAUUUCGCCGACACACGUAAUCUCCUACUGAAUGGCCAAGAUUCUCAGCAUCCUAGAGAGAUGCGGUAUAAUGAUUUAGGGCCAGAAGAUGCUGACAGCCUAUUUGAAUAUCUUAAGAAUGCGCAAGUCGAGGACCCUGCAUUUUUCUAUGCUGUGCAGUGUGACAAGAAUGGGCGCACGGCCAAUAUCGUCUGGGCUGACGCUAAAGCUAGGAUGGCUUACUACCAUUUUGGUGAUGCUGUUAGGUUUGAAACAACAUACCGGAAAAACAAGGAGAAUAUCCCUAUUGUCAUAUUCUCUGGUGUCAAUCAUCAUGCACAGUUUGUUGUUUUUGGGUGCGCACUACUUGUUGACGAGUCUGAAGCAUCAUUUGCAUGGUUAUUUGAAAAAUGGCUUGAAGCAAUGCGUGUGGGGCCUCCAGUUUCUUUGCUAACAGAGUUGAACCGAGGAAUGGCAGCUGCUAUUGCCAAGGUACUACCUGAUACUCACCAUAUUUUCUGUGAAAAACAUAUCUUAGACACCAUCAAGGAGGAACUACAUGAUAUGUUUCCAGAACUAGAGCCUUUCAUAACUGAUCUGAGGAAGUGCAUUGAUGGGUGCAGAAUAGAAGAAUCAUUUGAAUCAGGUUGGAACUCGGUCAUCAUAAAGCAUGGGUUCAGAAAUAAUGAGCUUUUACAGUCUCUCUAUGAUAUUCGCCAACAAUGGGUCCCUGCAUACACGAAGAAGUCAUUUUAUCCCAGAAACCUGCUGCCACAAACCUGUGAAAAUAUUGACAAGGUUAUUGAGAAGUACUUCUCGUCCAAGACCCAAUUGCGGAUGGCUGUCUGGCAACUUGGACAAGCUAUUUCCAGUUCGUUUGAAACUGAAGCUCAGGCAGAUUAUUUGACAAUGUUUCAAAUGCCAGCAUUGAGGACUGCGUCACCAGUGGAGAAACAAGGGAGUUCAAUAUUCACUAGCAGAAUAUUUGGCAUAUUUCAGGAGCAAUUUGUUGAGUCCUUUGGGUACCAUGCUGAGAGACUCGAGGAUGAGACAGUACACAAGUAUCAUGUCACAGUAUAUGAAGGUGAUGAUGAAACACAUACUGUCUCUUUCAACCCAGAUCAAAGUACGGUGAAUUGUAGUUGCUGCCUGUUUGAGAGCUGUGGUAUCUUGUGCAGGCAUGCUCUCCGGAUUUUCAUUAUCGAAGGAGUACGUGCCCUUCCAAAGGCUUAUGUCUUGAAACGCUGGACAAAGCAUGCAAAAAAUAUUAUCACCUUGGAUAACUACAUUGAUCUGAGGGGCUACCGUGAGGAUCCUUCAACUGCAAGGUUCAAUGAUCUCUGCUGUGAUGCAGUGAAAUGUGCAAAAGAAGCUUCAAAAUCCUCUGAACUCUAUAAAAUUGCUAAAGAGGCACUGCACAAGGCUCUUGAUGAGGUAGUACUGUCUUCAAACAACAUUAGAGAGCAGCAAAAUCUGCAAAGCUGUACAACGUCACUAAAAAAGCCAAGGAAGUUUGUUAAGGCCAAAGAUUCCUCCGGUAAAAGCUUAAAGAGGUCAGCAUCUAAAAGUCCCCUCAUGGAGGGUGAUGGCAUUAGAUGACCUUGAGUUAGGGCACAGCGUGAUUUUACCAGUUCUGACCUUGUAUGUAGCAUCAUGCAAUCUAAUAAUUACCUUUUAUAUUGUAGCUGGCUGCAGGAUUUGGUUAUUAGCAGAUCUAGUGGCUGUAAGGGUGCUAGUGAACCCUUGAGAUUAAUGUUAAAAGGUUGUAGAAACAGAUGACUUUUUGUGGAAACAUUUAUAAAUACUACUGCGGAUAGUUUUAUUAUAGGAGACUGUAGUUUUAAUUUUCUAUGUCCCACUGCAGACCAAUGUGAUUUUCCG